CCAUGGAGAAGCCUAUGGUUUAAGCUGGAGUCUACAGUUUGUAAUUUCUGGUGUUAUCUGGCCAUUGAUGAACGAGGUUCGGAUAGAGAUACCACGUCUUUCAGUUACGUUAUUAUAGAUAUGGAUCGUACUUUAUAGCGCAGGAUCAAGCUCUCUGGUCAAGAGCUGACUGCUUCAAUAUGGUACUAAACGAGUGUGCAUUGGGGGACUCAAAAGAUGUUGUCUGUAUUUUAAUGAUCAAUCAUUCCAAAAGAAUUUCCUAUUUCAAGGCUGGCCUAACAACCUUCGGCACAAUAAAUGAAGCCACUGACUUGGCAAUCCCUAAUAUCCUCUGUCUUGAUGUUUAUAAGAUACUGAUGAUCUGGUCGGGUGGACCGUGGUGGUGUUUUGCAGUUGCACAAAAGCCUUUGAGCUGGUCAGCAGGAAGCAAACCACCUUCACAGCGACGACUUCCAGGGAUGCCUUCAACAGCCCCUGUCCAUCAAGAAGACAUCCUAAUUCAUAUCUGCAUGGAUGUCAAAAUCAAGAGUGACGAUGACCACGCGUGUCAGUCUCGAUCGGAACAAGCUGCCCCUCGUGUCUCCCUCUCGAGAUCCGCUGGAAUGCAGCCAACCCUACGCAGCCCAGUUAACCCAGAUCCAUCCCUCCCUCCGAAACAUCAACAAUUGGCAUAUUCAACGAAGCCAAAAACAAAGUCAAUAAAAUUAAUAAUUUUUUUCGACUGUCGGGUGAUAUUCAGAGCAAUGAUUCUCACGUGGUCUGAUGCUGUUCCUGGCUGUUUAGUCGUCGCCGGAACUCUUCUGCCUUACUCCACCUUUCGUCACUCCCCAGGGACCUCGAAUGCGGGAUAAAUUGAACCGUUGCAACCGCUUCACUUGUUUGACUUUCAGGAUUCACCUUGGCUUUUAUUAUCAGACGGUCGAGCCAGUUGCGCCAGGUCAGUAAAGCCCUACAUACCUCUCUGUGGGGACCAAUUCACGCCAGCUUCAAGACAAUUGCUCUUUGUCGCGGUGAUUGCCCAUUCCGCUUCCCUGGUUCCUGCAUUGUUCGGCCCCUUUGGGAGCCUCAAUGAAUGUGUUUUAUUCCAUGUGUCCAAUUGUCCAUGCUUCAAUUGGUGUACUGACUGACGGCUGACUAGAUCGACAUACUCGAAAUAUUCCCCCAGGGCCAUUCACUGGAAGCUGUCAUUGGGUGUCACUCGAUUGGGGUUGGAUGAUUGCUUGCCUGGGAUUCACGCUAGCUGUGAGCCAGUGAAUGGAAUUUGUUUACCUUUUAUAUCGGUGAGCUA